GGAUGUUAGUGAGGUUGAAAGGGUGACACACACGCGCACGUUUCACUCCAGUCGUCUGUUCUUUGCGCUCUGUGGCUGUAUUUUGUUUAUUGAAGCAUUAAACUUGAUCCCUGAUGAUGCACAGCUCACAGAAAGACACGACUUACACUAAGAUCUUCGUCGGCGGUCUGCCGUAUCACACCACAGACUCGAGUCUGAGGAAAUACUUUGAGGUGUUCGGAGAAAUCGACGAAGCUGUUGUCAUCACAGACAGACAGACGGGGAAAUCCAGAGGCUAUGGAUUUGUGACGAUGGCUGACCGCGCAGGCGCAGAAAGAGCCUGUAAAGACCCGAACCCCAUCAUUGACGGGAGGAAAGCCAACGUCAACCUGGCCUACCUGGGGGCCAAACCUCGCGUCAUGCAACCAGGGUUUUCAUUCGGUGUCCCUCAAAUACAUCCUACAUUCAUCCAGCGGCCUUAUGGAGAGAGUGAAGAUGAUCAUUCGUCACUACUCUAUCCGUCCCCUUUCCGCCAGGUCAUGAGGAUUCCUUCUCAUUACGUGUACCCGCAGGCGUUUGUCCAGCCCAGCGUGAUGAUCCCUCACGUCCAGCCGCCAGCCGCCUCCGCCUCACCUUAUCUUGAUUACACCAGUGCCGCCUAUGCGCAGUACUCAGCUGCAGCCGCCGCUGCAUAUGAGCAGUACCCUUACGCCGCCUCCCCGGCAGCCACGGGUUAUGUCGCUACCGGCGGCUACGGUUAUGUCCAACAGCCUCUGGCGUCACCUGCGCCCGGAGCCGCAGCGGCUGCGUAUAGUCAGUAUCAGCCGCAGCAGCUGCAGACAGACCGCCUGCAGUGAUGCAGUGAUGAGCGGCGUCUCUGGUCCUGAUGCUGAGAAGAGCCGGUCACUGGACCGUUUCUGGUCUCUGACAGUGUUAGCCAAAGAGAUACAGAAAAGACUUUUUUUUUAUUGUUUUGUUAUUGGUAUGCAUACUACUGCUGUUUUAUUUGAAGUAUUUAAUAUUUAUUACAUAAAAGCUCAAACGUAGAGUUCUAUACUGACUGUCCAGUACUGUUUGGUUACUUGUGAAAGUAAGAACGAGUCACAGGUUGUAGAUUCAGAAAAGACACCAGUGAUCCACAUACACACAAAAAAGAAUUCCUAAAGGGACAGUUCACUUAAAAAUGUCAUUACUUAAAUAGGGCAUCACACUGACCCUCAUGUUGUGUCUGAAUCUUUACCAUAUAGUGUUUGUACUGAUGCCUAAAAAAAACAUCUGAACAGUAUUGAAGUAGCCAAUGUGUGCUAAUAUAAUCAUACAACAUUAUUUUUAUACAAUAUCGUUUUAAUCAUCAUAACAUAUGUUCAGAUUAACAAUGAUGGGGUCUCCAGUGUUUGACCUCAGACAAACACACACGAGUCACAUGAACGAUUAUUUCUUUUGUAUAAAACAGGGCUAUUAAAAAUUCUUUCAAAUUUUCCUGUGAUAAAAAUAACGGUGAACAGGAUUCACAGAUGUUGGUCAUGUCAAUAAUCACAAGUGUUGUAUCGGGGGGUCUACGUACAUUGAUUUAUUUAUACACGCACAACUGUUUAAAAGGUCCCGCAGUGAGCAGUUGGAUGGAGAUUGAUCAGAUUAGUUUCGGCCUCAGCUGUGCUUAUGUUGACGCGGAUAAAGUGCCUUAAAGAUUGGUAUACAGUAUUUAUUAUAAUGGUAUUUGUAUGUAUUUCUACUGCUGCUGGAACUCUUUUGAUCACAUAUACUCGAGAUAUAAAGCUGUACUGUAUGUUCACUGUCUGAUCAGUCUGCUGUGACCUCUAUUCUCUGUGCCUUACAUUGUCUAUCUGAUAGCAUUUGAGGGAUAUUUGAACUGGGUUUAUAGUGAAGUUGAAUUUUACAUUUAUAACAGGAUUCAUAGAAAUGAAGUCUGUCAGCACUACUGAGAAACACACUGAUCUGAUGAGAGCACUGUUUAGUCAUUUUUUGUAUUAGUUAUGUACUUGGAAACAUGGCUGCUGUCUUUGUGUAGCGUGCUGAAUUGUUUUACACAUCAGAAAUUCAUUACAGGGUAAAUAUUCUCCACUCAUUGAAGUACAUGUCAUUGUGUUUUCUCAGGUUAUAGCAACAAUGCUUCCAUGUGAUUGAUUAUAAUUCAAUAAACUCAAUUCUCUUGUAUGUAAUGCUACUGUCAAUAUAUCUCCAAAAAUGCGCGUCAACGAUCAACAACUGUCUUCUUAUACCUUUUUAUAUGAUUGAUUUCUCUCCGAUAUUCAACACUGGACCUUUAAGAAUACUUUGAGGUCAUUUUUGAGGUAUUGUAUGAAAGUAAAAUGUUUAUAAGGAAAAAAAAACUAGCUCAUGUUCUUUCUAUUUUUAGGAUUUGCUUUUAAUAUCCUUAAUAUUGCUGUAUAAUACAUAUAA